ACAUACAGUCAACACAGGAAAUAUCGCGACGUCUCCAUUUGUGGUUCCCUUCGGACAUGGUCAGCGGUGAGAGUCGCUCUUGUUCUCGCGAGAUCUUCGUGUGCACCGGACUCGGGCGACCCGGGCUUCUGUGAAACAUGGCGGUCGGCUGGGACCGUACCACUGGCAUGACUAUAUGAAGGAAAAGGAAGGUUUUUCUGAAGAUGAGGCGACUGAAUCGGAGGAAAACCUUAAGUUUGGUGAAAGAGUUAGAUGCCUUUCCCAAGGUUCCUGACAGCUAUGUGGAGACGUCAGCCAGUGGCGGAACAGUUUCUCUAAUAGCAUUUACCACUAUGGCUUUAUUAACAAUAAUGGAAUUCUCAGUAUAUCAAGAUACGUGGAUGAAGUACGAAUAUGAAGUAGACAAGGAUUUUUCUAGCAAGUUGCGAAUUAACAUAGACAUUACUGUUGCCAUGAAGUGUCACUAUGUUGGCGCUGAUGUACUGGAUUUAGCAGAGACCAUGGUUGCUUCUGCAGAUGGUCUAACGUAUGAACCAGCACUGUUUGACCUUUCACCACAGCAGAGAGAGUGGCAGAGGAUGCUGCAGCUGAUUCAGAGUAGGCUGCAAGAAGAGCAUUCCCUUCAAGAUGUGAUAUUCAAAAGUGCUUUUAAAAGUGCAUCAACUGCACUGCCACCAAGGGAAGAUGAUUCAUCACUGACUCCAGAUGCGUGCAGAAUUCAUGGUCAUCUCUAUGUCAAUAAAGUAGCAGGGAAUUUUCACAUAACUGUGGGCAAGGCAAUCCCACAUCCUCGAGGGCAUGCACAUUUGGCAGCACUUGUCAACCAUGAUUCUUACAACUUUUCUCACAGAAUAGACCAUUUGUCUUUUGGAGAGCUUGUUCCAGGAAUUAUUAAUCCUUUGGAUGGAACUGAAAAGAUUGCUGUAGAUCACAACCAGAUGUUCCAAUAUUUCAUUACAGUCGUGCCAACAAAGCUACACACAUACAAGAUUUCAGCAGAUACCCAUCAGUUCUCUGUGACAGAAAGGGAACGCAUCAUCAACCAUGCUGCAGGCAGCCAUGGUGUCUCUGGAAUAUUUAUGAAAUACGAUCUCAGUUCUCUCAUGGUGACAGUCACUGAGGAACACAUGCCUUUCUGGCAGUUUUUUGUAAGGCUCUGUGGUAUUAUUGGAGGAAUCUUUUCAACAACAGGCAUGUUACAUGGAAUUGGAAAAUUUAUAGUGGAAAUUAUUUGCUGCCGUUUCAGACUCGGAUCCUACAAGCCCGUCCAUUCUGUCCCCUUUGCGGAUGGCCACACAGACAACCACUUACCUCUUUUAGAGAACAACACACAUUAGCACCUCAUGGGUGGAGAAAAACUUUUUGCCUGAGACAUAAAGCCUUUUCUAAUAAUAAAAUGUUGUGCAAUAUAUUCAAAGAAAAAGGAAAUAUGAGAACCCAGAAACAUACUUAUUUAAAAAGGAGAAAAAACAGCCAAGGAAAACAACAAACUGCAGUUGUCUUGUAUAUGUUGUGUCUGUUACAAAUGUCCUAGAAGAAAUUAUGCAGCUAACUGGAGAGUCAGCCCAGCCAGCAGUGCCAGGUGAAGACAGCGCCUCUGAUGUUCUCCCAGCAAACAGACAAUAUGGAAAGCAGAGUCUAGAGGAAGGACAUGAACCCAUAUUUAAAGAAAAGGGCAUUGAUAAUGCAAAUGUGUGUGUCCUUUGUUUUUAAAGAUGUCAGAAUAAAAUGUGUAAAACAUUAUGGAAAA